UAUACAUACAUCAGAGAGUCCAUUCACUAAGCAUGACUACUCGCUGUUUGGGAUUUAUGGCUCUACCUUAUUUAUUGUUCUUCUUCUUCCUCAUCUCGUUUUCCGCUGCGCAUGGUGAAAGUGAGAAGCAACAUAACUGUCCACGCUCUUUUGAUUGUGGAAGCCGCGGCAGAUUCCAGUACCCUUUCACCAAGGCUGAACUCCCUCACUGCGGCUUGCUGCUCAUUCAUGGCUGUGAAGACACGUACUAUUCGCGCAAAAUGAUUCAACUGGACAAGAAUGCAACAACCUUAGAGCUUACAGGCUCCCUUGACUCAAAUACUGUCAUCACCAUUUAUGAUGCAGAUUUUCACGCCAGUUUGGAACAGAACAAAUGUCACGCUUUGAACACUACUUAUACUCUUCCUCCACCUUCUCCUCUGCUCUCUAUUUAUAUCGAAUACAAUGUGACCCUAUUUCGAUGCAAUCACAACCUUAGAAUAAAUCUCCCUUUACAUUAUGGUAACCUCACAUGCCGUGACUACGACAUCUAUUAUGAUAAAAUCAAUACGUCUCCUACUAUACACGAUGCCGGUGGCAUUUUCUCGAACUGCUCACUUCUUCAUUUUGCAACAAAAGAUGCCAUCAAUAGCACAGAUGUUUUAUCCUUUGUAUCUUCUGAGAUUGCUCUCAAAGUGGUAUUAUCUCCUGAUUGUGAUGAUUGCUUCAAUCACAGACGAGGCCAAUGUCAUCUUGACACCAACAACGAAUUUUACUGUGACAAAGUGCCAAAGGAUAACAAUAAAGCCUUGAAGGUCGGAGUCGGAAUAGGUUUAGGUAUGAGUACACUGCUAGGACUUUUGAUCAUUGGAUGCUUCCUCAGACGACGUUAUAGAAGAAAAGAUGUUCCUUCAGACCUCCAAUACCAAUCAAACUAUGCAUCUACAAAUCCAGAGGCAGAAAGCAAGAGGGGCUACUUUGGAGUCCCUCUCUUCUCUUACAAGGAGCUCAAAGAAGCUACAAAUAAUUUCCACCACACAACCCAACUUGGAAAGGGAGGAUUCGGAACAGUUUACUAUGGAAAACUGCGAGAUGGACGGGACAUUGCCGUAAAGCGCCUUUACGAGCACAACUACAGGAGAAUGGAACAGUUUAUGAAUGAAAUCGAUAUCCUUGCUCGCUUGCGCCAUAAGAACCUAGUAUCCCUUUACGGCUACUGCACUUCACCCCACAGCCGUGAAUUACUGCUUGUGUAUGAGUUUGUUCAGAACGGCACGGUGGCUUCUCAUAUCCACGGUGAUUUUACACGGACUACCACACUGCCAUGGCAUAUAAGAAUGAAGAUUGCCAUAGAGACCGCCACUUCAUUGUCUUAUCUCCAUUCCUCUGACAUAAUCCACCGCGAUGUCAAAACCAACAACAUUCUUCUUGACAACCACUUUUGUGUUAAGGUUGCGGAUUUCGGCCUUUCAAGACUGUUCCCCAAUGAUGUCACACAUGUCUCCACAGCACCACAAGGGACUCCGGGUUAUGUUGACCCUGAAUACCACCGCUGCUACCAGCUUACUAGCAAGAGUGAUGUUUAUAGUUUCGGAGUGGUGCUCAUUGAGCUUAUAUCUUCUAAGCCUGCUGUUGACAUGGACAGGCAUAGGGAUGAGAUUAAUUUGUCUGAUUUAGCCAUAAACAAGAUUCAAAACGGUGCAUUGAGUGAGCUGGUUGAUCCUACUCUUGAUUUUGAUUCGGAUAAUGAGGUUAAGAGGAUGAUAGUGUCAGUGGCAGAGUUGGCUUUUCAGUGUUUGCAACGGGAUAGGGAACUGAGGCCUACCAUGGAUGAAGUUUUGAAGCUGUUGAUCACAAUUGAAUGUGGGAAGGCUAAAGAUGAACAUAUUGACGAAGUAGAUUUACAUCCAUCAUCAUCCACAUCCCCAGCUUCACCAGAUUUGGAUGAAGUUGGAUUAUUGAAGAACAGGAUUCUACUGCCUUCACCAAAAGCAGUGACUGAUAGAUGGAAUAGUGAAUCAACUUCAUCUAAUGUCAGUGGUUAAUCACCAUGCUGCUUACUGCAUUCUUAGUCUAGUGUAGUAAUUUCUAUGUAGAUGAGUUAAAGCUCCAGAAUAAAAUAAAAUAAAAAGUCCAGUGCUGAAAUAUUACUAAAGUAAGAGGAUCAUAUGUUACACUGACAACUCAUCUGGUAAAGGACUUGUUGCGUCAAAGGAUUUUGACAAACACCCGUUGUUUUUGGCUCAUUAAAUUCAAAUUAAUACACUUCUUCCGGUGAUUGG